CGUAACCCGGAAGUACUUCUGGUGUUACUGACGAGAAGCUGAUACGGAUUUCCCUUCAUUUUUUUUCAUGUUCCAUACAUUUGUAAUGGACACAACAUGCCAAAGUCUCUCAAAUCUUUCCCUAAACCACCCUCUUGCUCCAGUUGAAUAUGCCAAUUGUGGCAGCUCUUCUUCGCAAGAUGACGAAGACGGCUUUGGGGAUCUGCUAUCUCUGCCUGUAGAUGUCUGCGAGAGACGACCCACAUGUUUACGAUGUUGCCGUCCCCAGAAGGUGUGUCUCUGCCCGUUCCUGCCAGUCCACCCCCUGGAGGUCUCCACGUGUCUGUACAUCGUACAGCAUCCUGCAGAGGAGAGUCGAGCGCUUCGUACCGUCCCUCUCCUUGCUGCGUGUUUGCCCCCAGGAAAAUGCAAGGUCUUGGUGGGAAGGAGAUUCAAUGAAGAGAGGAACCCAGAGCUGGCUGCAGUGUGUCGAGACAGCAGAACCCUGAUACUGUACCCGGGACCAGAUGCUCAGAACCUGGAGGAGCUAGUCCAGAAACAAGACCAGGACAGGAUGGGAGAGCAAUUUGUGAGGGCAGUGGGACCCAAUGUCAUCAUCAUCGAUGGCACCUGGAGCCAGGCAAAAGAUAUGUUCCUCAGAAACACCCUGCUCCACCAGCCCAAACAGGUGGAACAGCUAUUCUUCAACAGGGCACAAUACAGUGCCUUGCGAAAGGAUUCAUCCCCCUUGGAGCACUUUUUCUAUUUUGUUGCAUUACAACCUGUCAUUUAAAUGAAAUUUUAUUUGGAUUUCAUGUAAUGGACAUACACAAAAUAGUCCAAAUUGGUGAAGUGAAAUGAAAAGAAUUACUUUUUUUAUUUUUUAUGUAAAAACAGAAAAGUGGUGCGUGCAUACAGUGGGGCAACCCACCAAUUGUGCCAGUUCUCCUGCUUAAAAAGAUGAGAGGCCUGUAAUUUUCAUCAUAGGUACACUUCAACUAUGACAGACAAAAUGAGAAAAAAAAUCCUGAAAAUCACAUUGUAG